CUAAUCAAAAUCACGAAAACAUUCCCUUCUAAAUCCCUGCCACAAUCUACGCCAUCAUUCUCUCUCCUCAAUAUCAAAAAUCUCUCAAAAACAAAAAAAAAAUGGCGGCUUCUACUUCUACUUCUGCAAUCAGUGUUUUAGAGCGAGAGAAAAAGGUCCAAGAUGAACUCGCACUCCCCAUUUUUCUCACAGACCAAGUCGUCAAAUCUGCCGGUGACGCCGAAUCAUCUCGCCCUGAUUGCGCUGAAAUCGCUCGUCAAGCCGAAGAACUCUCGCAGAAGCUUCGCGCAGUCGUUCGAUUAACCUCCGCACCUUCUUCAUCCUCCAUCUACGAUCGUCCAAUUCGUCGUAUUGCCGCCGAUGUAUCGAAGAAUCUAGAACGUGCUUUAACCCUAGUUCGCAAGUGUAAGCACACUGGUUUACUUCGCCAUGUUUUUCUUACCAUAACUUCUUCUGCUGCUGAUUUCAAGAAGGUUUCGACCUUGCUUCAAUCUUCAAUUGCUGAUUGUGGCUGGCUUCUUUCGAUUUACGACGACGAUGAAGGCGGACCUAAUCUCGGAAUUCCGCCGAUUGCGAACAAUGAUCCGAUUGUUGCUUGGGUGUGGUCUUCGAUCGCAUCAUUGCAGAUUAAUCGACCGUUGAAAGAUCGGAUUGAUGCGGCGAAUUCGUUGGCUUCGUAUGCAGGAGAUAAGAGGUAUCGACAGGUGAUAAUGGAGGAAGGAGCGGUUUCGCCAUUGUUGAGGCUUUUGAAGGAUGGAGGAGGUUCAUCGGAAGGUCAAAUUGCUGCUGCUUCGGCGUUGUUUUUGUUGGUGAAUGAGGUAGAAAGGACUAGAAUUGUUGCUGCCGAGGGUGGGAUACCGAUCAUGGUACAAGUGCUUGGUGAAUCGUCUAUGAGUGUGCAGGUUUCGGUGGCGGAGUUGGUGGCGGAAGUGGCAAAAGUUGAUUCGACUGCGAGGGAGGAAUUUGGGAGAGAGAAUGUGCUGAAGCCGUUGAUUUCGUGUUUGAUUAUGGACCUUGAUAUGGAGGAUUACAAGCUCUAUCAUGGUGGUGAAGGUAAGACUAGUAUUCAUUCUAUUGUUCAGAAGGAAUUAGCUGCUAAGAAUCAUCUAUAUUAUAAUAAUCGUGUUCUUAGUCAUGGUAAUAGUAGUAAUAGUUAUCAUAAGGUGAAUACGUCUUCAGGGUUUGAUGCCAAGGGGAGUUAUAGUAGGAAGGAUAGAGAGAAUGAGUCUCCUGAUCUUAAGCUCAAGCUUAAGAUUCGGAGUGCUUUGGCAUUGUGGAGAUUGUGUGAAGGGAGUUUGUUGAAUAGUCAGAAGGUUGCUGAGCCUAAAGGUUUGUUUUGCUUGUCGAAAAUUAUUGAAAAUGAGAGAGGAGAGUUGCAAUACAAUUGUUUGAUGACUAUUAUGGAGGUCGCUAAAGUGGCUGAGGAUAAUGCGGACCUUAGGAAAGUGGCUUGGAAACCGAGCUCUCCACCUGCUAAGGUAGUUUUGGAUCAGCUUCUUAGAGUGAUUAAGGAGAUGAAUAACCGGGAUUUUCAAAUUCCUGCAAUUAGAGCAAUUGGAUGUUUAGCAAGGAUUUUCCCUGCUAAGGAAACAGGGAUUGUUGCUUCAUUGGUUGGUCAGCUUGGGAAUAAGGAUUCUAGUGUGGCCACUGAAGCUGCUAUUGCCUUGGCGAAGUUCACUUUCCCUGAUAACCAUAACUGUACCGCACACUCAAAGACUAUAAUUGAGUUUAACGGAGUUCCUCCAUUAAUGAAAUUGUUGACUGUUGAUGAUCGCUCUAGGAAGAGUGGACUUGUUUUGCUUUGCUACCUGUCCAUGCAUGUUGGCAACAGCAAGGAACUUGCAGAGGCCAGAGCUCUCAGAACGCUUGAGAGUGCAGCUCGUCCUGGAAUGUCGCAAAAUGCUGAAUUAAAGGAUUUAUGUUUCAAAGCUAUGCAGCAGCUCCUGCUGUACCAAGAUGGGGGUCAUCCUCACAACCAUGCAUUUGCCAUGGUUUGAUGAUCAAAGGGCUAAUGAUUGUUCCUGGGUGCUUGUCAUUGGUGGAGUGAAGCUCUGACUUGUACAUUGUAAUUUCAGAAACAAAGAUGGAAAUAUUAGCUGGUUCAUCUGUUGAACUUGCAGCUCAAGGUUCUUUCCUUGGUACCGAACAGGUGCUUGGAUUCAAGAAUGCCAUUAUGAUGGCUGCAAUGUUCCGUGGCAAUCAUGCUGAUUGUUCAGCGCCUCUUGUUGUAUUCAGGAGUCGAUUCAUGGAUCUACGUGGCAGUCUUGUAAGGUAGUUAAUGAGAGGUUUGCUUUUGUGCUAAAUCUUUAUGGUGCUACUUAUGUUCUUCGGUUCACUAUUUAUGUGUAACUAAGAUUGUGAUGUACAUCGUAGCUGGUGUAUACUGAAGGAGGGUGCAGUAAUCCGGAGUUCCAUACUUGCCUACAAGAGUCUCGUAAGCUUUUAUUAAGAAAGAACUUGAGCACCCUUCACCAAUAGGGAUUAUUUGCAGGAGUGUCUAUUUGAUCUCAUUGAUUGUCUUUCUCAAAAGAUUCAUACUAAUAUCUAAUUCAUCUUUGUAGAUUGUAUAUCGACAUGCCUUUACCCAAUUAGCAAAGAUAUAAGUCUGCAUGAGGCUGACGUUUGCAGAUCUUCUCAUCUAUUGACACUUUUUUAAAAAAAUAUUAGGCUUUUUGCUCGAAUAAUGCACUUUGAUUUUAUUCUUCAUAUUAACAACAAAUGGUCGUGUAAUUGUGUUCUCUUAGUUGCAUAUGAAGUAUACCUUUAAGUUUCUCAUGCUGCAUAUUAUUUUGUGUUUUAGGUUCAUCAAAUUCAGGUUGAAAGAAUACAUAUUUGAUUAAGACCACAAUUUAUCAUAAGCUUGUAAUCUAUAUGCGUUUGUGCAUUGCUUCUUUUUUUUACCCCAUUUUUUCCCAUAUGCUAAGUAACGGAGAGGCUUGCGAAUUUUCUUUAACAUGGGCAACUAGCUUAUCUGAUACGAAAUCCCGAUAAACAGACUACUAUAGCUCGAUGUUGAUGACUCAUGAUACAAGCAGUGGGAUGCCAAUCGUCCUGGGAUCCCAACGCCCAGCGGUAACUUUAGGCCUUAGAAGUUAAAGUUCAUGCCGACAGUUAAUUGAUUUCUAUUUUUGCCUGUUUAGUUUUCUUCUUGUGCAGUUGUACUUGCAUUCUAUUCAUCUAUCAUGCACGUAGUAUUUGAAAUCUUGUUGCUGGAUGAUUUCUAGUUAGUAAUACUUAUUUUGCACUGCAGAUCUGUACUAAAUUUCUAACUUGUUAGAGUAUAUAGGUAUGGUUGUUGAGAGUGCUUUUGGCUGGAUUUGCUGGAAGCUUCUUUGAGAAGUGGUGACAAUUCUUAGCUGUAGAUAGUAAUAGCUCAACUGCAGCUGGAUUCUAGCUAUUCAUUGUUUCUCAUGCAUUUUCAUUUUCACUUUGCACAGUAAAGGACAGAAAAGUUUCCUUUUCUAUGUCAUUACGUAUUUUUUUCAAGUUUGCUCCCAAUGGCUGCUUGUAUUCAUGCUCAAGUUUUACUUUUGUUUCCACCUUGAAAGUUUAAUAUAGUCCAAACCUUAUCGUAUCUUGGCAAAUGACUAUUUGUUCAAGAGACUUGUCGAGAGCUUAUUUGAUAUCAUUCACCAUUUUUUCUUUGUGACAGGCCAGAGAAUGUUACAGUGGCAUGUAGGCUGCAAGAAUCUGGCAGUUCGGAUGGCAGAUAGGCUUUUAGCAGGCGUAGGAAACAUCACUGUGCGGGUAAAAUUAAUCAUGGCAAAGGCUAUCAAUUUUGACCAUAUUCUUUUAGUAAUAUUAUAAGAAAAUACAUUAUCAUGUGGGAAAUGUGUAUUUAUAAUACCAAAAUUUCUACUUUUUUGUACUAAUAUGUGGUUAAAGAUAUUAAUAGUCAAAUGUGUAUCGUGGAGACCAAAAAGGCAAAUGUUGCAACUAUAAAUUAAGAAAGAAAGAAUAUUAUAGGAUGUAACUCUCCAAAUUAGACAGAUUAUUGUCAUUGUCUCUCUUCUGUAACUCCUAUUCUGAACAGCAACUACAAAUAUUGCCCGGAGCAGAAAACACGGCUGCUGCUGGCUAACAAUGAUACCAAGUGAGUCAAUAGAAGUCAAUCAAUCAUUCAGUGGAAGUGAUAUAAUGAUGAGCUAUGUAUGGUUGCCAUAAAAUGAUGAGCUAGGUUGGUGGGAAGAGAUAGUCGAGGAUAGUUGCUACUUGAAUCAUGUGGUUAAGGCCUGUGCUGUAAGGAGAGUUACAGGGUGUUUUGUGGGAAAAAGUGACCUGUACUUUCUGGGCUCCCUUCAUUUAUCAUUUUCCUCGUGGAGUUUCUGCCAACUAAUAUGUCAAGUUUGUGUUCUUUUCUUCAUGUUUUUGUAUUUCAUAAAAAGUUAAUCAUGCACAUACUAAAUCUCUCUCAUAUUUCUAAACAUCAUCAUCAACAUGAGAUAGCAAAGACAUUAUUGGUACAAAUCUACAUUCUUCAUCCUGUAUAUUUUUGUAAUUACCCUACACUAUUUUAUUAUGUUUGAACCAAGUAAUUACGCUACACUAUUCGAAACAUUAAUGUUUAGUGAUGAUCCUUUUAAUUUUAAGGUUAUGCGAUCAAACCCAUUAGGGCUUUUUAGGACAGGAUUCUUUUAUCUUUGCCCUUUCUUCCGUAGGGUUUAACCUACUAAGCAUAAUUGAUUGAACUGCCAAUGAUGUCGUUUGAGUAGUCUUUUUCCUUUCAAAAAUAUGAAAAUUAUAUAGUACUAUGCUAUAGUUUAUCAUUGGUUUUUCCGAGUAUGCCACUAUUUGAUUUAGUGAAAGAUGCUAAAAGUCACAAUUAUCAUAAAUGUCUUUGAAAAUUCAUGUUAUAUCUUAUCUAAUACUUCCUCAGUUAACCUUUAAUUGCAAGACUUUCCUUUUAUAGCAAUUUCCAAUUAAUAAUGACACAAUUUUAUUUGGCAUUGAGUUCUUUCUAUCUAUUUUUAUUGCAUCUGUCUCUCUUUUUAUUCCUCUCUAUCCCUCUCCUUUCCUUAAAUUUUUUGCAUCCUCCCUAAUAAACGGAGGAAGUAAUUCUAAGAGAUCGGUGUGUAAAAUAAGUUUGGGGGUCUUUGGAUUUGGUGUAGGUUAACUCCCUUCUUUUAAACAUGAACUGAUGAACAGAUACAUGUAAGGCCUUAGGCCGGGUCACUUAUCUCAAGUUUCAGCCUAACUCAACAAGCAGCCGGCAUCCCACUCCCCAUGCUCUCCAAAAGAGUCGCCCCACUGUCGCAAGGCGGUAGCUAUUACAAUAAGUUAUUGCAGCCCAUCCUGCUACAGAGCUUUCCCAACUCAAAGUUACAGUGAAGUAAUGACUUCUCUUGUGCGUAGGACAUUUGACGUCCAAGGAAUCUGAAAUGGAUUAUUGUGGUCAUUAGCAGCCAGUUUUGGUAGGAAGACAAUUACAAGUUGGCAUCUUCAACCACAUAUGCUCGUGUUGUUGUUUUCCAAAUAAAUACAAGGGACCAAAGUUGUAGAAGUCUAGUUCAAUUCAUGAUUGCAAGGAGCUCCAAGAAAUGGACCUUUGUACUAGUGAUUUUUUUAGUACUAUGAGAAGCAUCUUUCUGUGGUGUUCCAUGUGCAUAUUCUAGUUUGCGUCCAUCGCUCAUUCGCUCUUAAUGGUCUUUACUUAGGAAAGAACUUCAUAUGAAGUACACAAAAGAAAAAAAAAAAAGAGUUGUAUUUUUUUUUAUUAGGGGAAGAAAAGGAGUUGUACUUUAAUACAGAUGUAAUGGUUAGAGUUGUAUAUAUUGAGGAUAAGAUAACUAAUACUCAAUCUGUUUCAAAAAUAUUGCUACUUUUUUA